AAAAACACUUUUCUCCCUCUAGCGUCUCCUUCCAAUUCCCAUUUUCUGCUAAUUUUCUUUCACUUUCUCGUCUGAUUUUCCUAGGAAAUUAAAAAAAAAAAGAACAUCCAAAAACCGUACCUCAAACGAAUAUUUGUUUUUAAUCUUAUAUAGAACCAUUUCGAUUUGAUUAUUAUGGCAGAUCUGUGGAUCUCAACACUCUAAUGUUUAUUAUGGAAGCUAUGAUGAGAUCUAAGCAUGAUAACAAUACCAAAGGGAUAAAGAAGAAGCUCGUCUAAAAAACAAGAUAGUUUGGUCUUUUUUUUUUACAGUCGCCGCCAUUGUUGUUCUACAGUGAGCUUGGACAGUUGACACCUGUAAUCCAAAAUUCAAUCACUGCAACAUACUCAGGCUUUUUCAUUUAUCAUCAAUAGCUUCUGAUAAAGUAUGAGAGUAGCGUUUCAAUGGAAUUGGACGAACACGUUGAGGUACAAAGACAACAACAACAAAGCAGGAAGCUACAGAGAUUUACAGACGACAACACCGGAAUGAUGAAGGAUUGGAACAAUCCAUCGUCUCGUAUCAUUAGGGUUUCACGAGCUUCAGGAGGCAAAGAUCGACACAGCAAAGUCUUGACAUCAAAAGGUUUGAGAGAUAGGAGGAUACGUCUCUCAGUAGCUACAGCCAUCCAGUUCUAUGAUCUUCAAGAUCGUCUUGGAUUUGAUCAGCCAAGCAAAGCUGUUGAGUGGCUUAUCAAUGCAGCUUCUGAUUCAAUCACUGAUCUUCCUCCGAUCAACACUAACUUCGAUCUUGAGAAUCAGAACCAGACCAAAUCUGCUUGUAGUAGUGGAACAUCUGAGAGCUCGUUGUUGUCUUUGUCUAGGACAGAGAUUCGUGGGAAAGCAAGAGAGAGAGCUAGAGAGAGAACUGCUAAAGAUAGAGAUAAAGAUUUGCAGAAUGCUCAUCAGAGCUCAUUCACUCAGCUUCUCACCGGUGGCUUUGACCAACAACAACAACAACAACAGCCGGAUAACCACCGGAAUUGGACCGGUGGUUCUGAUUGUUUCAACCCGGUUCAGUUCAUACCAAACUCAUCCUCAACAUCUCAUCAAGAGCCACCAACAAUGAAUCAGAAUAAUCAUCCAUUCUCCUUUGUACCUGAUCAAUACAACUUUGGAAUCUCUUCUUCUUCUGCCCUUAAUGGAGGUUACAGUAGUAGGGGGACCCUUCAGUCCAAUUCACAAUCUCUCUUUCUCAACAACAACAUUACUCAAAGGGCAUCGAUUUCGUCUUCUUCUUCUUCUUCAUCUUCUCCAAUGGAUAGUCAGAGCAUUUCCUUUUUCAUGGCUACACCUCCUCCUCUUGACCACCAUAGCCACCAGCUUCCUUCUACUUUUGAUGGCCGUUUGUAUCUUUAUUACGGCGAAGGAAACAGGAACUCCGAUGACAAAGAUAAAGAUAGGAGAUAGGAAUCAAAAUGCUUCCCUUUCAUCUCUCCUCAAUCUUGGAGAGGAAGUGUAAUUUUAAGGGAAGACGAUGUUUGCGCAGCCCUGAGCAUAUAUAUAUUGCAAUCAUAAGCUUGAUUGGUUGUAUGUUCAGACCAUGAGGAGUAAUUGUUGUUUGUUAAGAUGUAUUAUGUAUGUAUGAAUCAUAUAUAUGUUUUUAUGUGUGUUCAUCAUGUCCAUUGUCAUCAUAAACUUUGGACAAAUGUUUUUAAGGUCAUCCUCAUUCUGUUGGCUGCA